GCCGGCUGGCACUCAGUCGCCUUUAGCGCCGUGCAUCUCCGAGUCAGUCAGUCAGUCAGUCAGUCAUUGAGUCAGUCAGUCGGUGAAUCGGGUCGCUCGGGUACGCGCGAAAGAAUAAUUAAGCAACCGGUCGGUCGCGCGGUCGAUCACGAACGAACCAAAGAAGUGCAGUGAGCAACCAUACCAAAUCGAUACCAAAAGGAGGAGUUUUUAGCUCGAGCGAGGGAGGGAAGGACAAGGUGGGGAAGGUAGGACUUCUUUCGCGAGAUGAUGCGGUGCGGACGGGGCGAGGAUACCGUCUGAAAAGUAACGAAAAGGUCGAGUCGCGGGGUGGUGUGCCACGGAGCGCGCGGGGUGGUGUGCGCGCGUGUGUGUGAAAAGGUCGGCAAAAUAAAUCGGUCCACGGUGACGAGUGAAAGUAGAUCGGGCAGGCAGCCGGGCAAGAUGAUGAAGAAGGAGAAGCCGAUGAUGUCGGUGGACGCCAUCAUCGAGGGCAGCCGGCACUGGGCACGUGGCAAUACCUGGCUGAGUUUGGACAACAGCAAUAUGUCGAUGUCGUCGGUGGGGCCGCAGAGUCCUCUCGACAUGAAGCCCGACACGGCCCUUAUCAAUCCGGGGAACUUUAGCCCAUCGGGUCCCAACAGUCCAGGCAACCUCCUGAGUACAUCGCCCAGCGGUCAGAGCAAAACGGUCACGCCUUAUCCGCCUAAUCACCCCUUGUCGGGCAGCAAACAUCUGUGUUCGAUCUGCGGCGACCGUGCGAGCGGCAAACACUACGGCGUUUACAGCUGCGAGGGAUGCAAGGGCUUCUUCAAGAGGACCGUACGUAAGGAUCUGUCGUACGCUUGUCGCGAAGACAGGGCCUGCAUCAUCGACAAGCGACAGAGAAACCGCUGUCAGUUCUGCCGGUACCAGAAGUGCCUGGCUAUGGGAAUGAAGAGGGAGGCGGUGCAGGAGGAACGUCAGCGCACCAAGGAGCGCGAUCAGAGUGAGGUGGAGAGCACAAGCAGUUUGCACGCGGACAUGCCGAUCGAGCGCAUUCUCGAGGCGGAGAAACGGGUCGAGUGUAAGAUAGAGUACCAGGGGAAUUUCGAGAACGCAAUGUCGCACAUUUGCAAUGCCACGAAUCAACAGCUUUAUCAGCUGGUGGCAUGGGCAAAGCACAUCCCGCACUUUACGUCGUUGCCGGUGGAGGAUCAGGUGAUUCUGCUCAAGGCUGGCUGGAACGAGCUGCUAAUAGCCGCUUUCUCUCACCGUUCCAUCGAGAUGAAGGAUAGUAUCGUUCUAUCAACGGGCACCAUGGUGCAUCGAAAUUCGGCGCAACAGGCAGGCGUGAUCACGAUAUUCGAUCGCGUGAUGUCGGAGCUGGUAUCGAAGAUGCGCGAGAUGAAAAUGGACAGGACCGAACUCGGAUGUCUUAGAUCCAUUAUUCUCUUCAAUCCCGAUGUGCGAGGCCUCAAAUCCAUUCAAGAGGUCAGUCUGCUACGCGAGAAAGUCUACGCCGCUCUGGAAGAGUACACCCGCGUGAACUGUCCAGACGAUCCCGGCAGAUUCGCCAAGUUGCUGCUUCGCCUGCCAUCCAUCCGUUCGAUCGGUCUCAAGUGCCUGGAGCACGUAUUCUUCUUCAAGUUAAUCGGUGAUGCACCGGUUGAAAACUUCCUCACGGAAAUGUUGGAGUCACCAUCGGAUCCUUAGGAGCAGAAGGUGUGCCGCAUUUUGGGGCACACCGAUAUGUAAAAAGGAAGAGAAGGACACAAGAGGAAGAAGAAGAAGAAAAGACGACGACGAUGACGAAAGAGGAUAGGACCGCAUUCGAGUCGAGAUGCAACGAUUUCUGUACUGCCUCGCCUUUUUCUCGCGUCGCAGUAUGGACUAUCCGUGUGUCGAGCGAGGUGGAAUUUACUUACUUCUCUUCAUCGCCACUCCUGGUCUCCCUCCUCCCUCCCGUUUCUUCCCCUCGCGCUGUUAUUUAUGUUUUUGUUAGAGCUUAGCGACUCUUAUGUCCAGCCUAAGGAGGCGGUCUUACCGGCCGACGACGUCAUGCACGUACAGAAAGAUAGUACGUGCAUACGCGUUUUGUACGGUUCAUACGCGUACAUCUGAGCACAAACUGAAAGAGCGGUCAGACAAUUGCAGUCUGCAUAAUUCAGGCUUCGACGUUAUCGAUAAUUAGUUAAUUUCUCAAAUCGAUUAAAUUUGUCGCGACGAUCAGCUGUAUAGCAGUUAAAAAACGCAAAUGCGAUCGAUAGAAAUUCAGUUCAAUUUAUCCGGUGUAAGUAAAGUUUGACGACGUUAAUUUAUGUGGAAAGCUACGUAGAUAGAUAGCAAAUUGUCAAUACAAAAUAUUGUUAUUUACAAUCGCUGCCUCUUUAACCUGCGACAUGUGUCGUGCCAUCAUCCGAGCGAAGAUCGUGUCCUACACGAUAUUUCGUGCCGAUUGAUCCUUGUUUCGGACAGACGUCGCGUCUUCGUCGGAACCGCAUCUUUCACAGUCACAGAAGUUCCUAGAAUUAUUAAGUUUCUUUUUAUUUUUUAUUUUUUUGCACUUUGUUACUUUUCGGUCUCUCUUUUUUUUGUUUUUCUUGUCUCUCUCUCUUUCGACAAUGUGUCGCGGCAAUCGCUUUGGCGAUCCCGUUGUUGACGGUGGGUGCUUGACGAAGACGCGGUCCGUUUGUACUCGCGAGUUCUCGGACACCUUUACAUUCCAACUCUGCCUCGAUUCGGAUCGUUACUUUAAAGAGCCACUAUUUGCAUAUAGAUACAUACAUACUUGCAUCAAAUGCGUAUCCCCUUACGCUCAGUGCGCAAGUUUAACGAUAAUUUAUUGUUUUGUAUUUUAGAGUAUAGGAGAGAAACGAACUUACUAAUUCAUUAUUAAUUAAAUUAAAUAUACGCAUGAUAGCCCCCUUUUUUACGCAGCAUGUGUCCGUGACGAUGGAAUAUCAGAAGUGCAACAAUCUGACGUCAGAGCGUGCGAACAAAGUAUUUACUUUCAAGGUGUUAGGGUUUUCUGUUUAUCUAUUCAUUUCUUUUUUUUUGUAAAAUGCACGCUCGGAUAUAUACUCGGAUCUUCUUCGUUAAUCUUUAAUAUUUAGGUUUAACAAUAUGACAAACUCUUACUACGCGUAUACUUUGCAGUACUGGAAUGCUGUCUUCUGUGUCUGGUACAAAUUCGACAUGGCAGCAAAAUAGAGUAGAGAGAGUAUAGACAUUUUCUUCUUUUUCUCAUAGUUUAUACUGACAGUGAGAUUUGUUUUCCCCCGGAGAAUCUUCAAUACACGCGAAAGCAGAUAAAAAAAAAACAAAGAUACAAGAGGUCUCGAGUCUUUGAAAACAAAAAAAUGAUUGCGAGAUGUAUAAUUAUGCUAUAAAAAUCUAGCACGCUAAGAAUUAACUGAUCGUGGACACAGGAUUAAGAUAGAACCCUACUCUCGUUGUUAGUAAUUUACAGAAUUGCGUAUCACAUGACGUGAGCUGACGGAUCCGACGAAUUUGUAAAUUACACGAAGCGGAGCAUUUGCAAAUGCUCAGUGAAUUAUUUUCUAAAUUUAAAUGUUAUUAGAUAUAUAAAAAUGUGUACAAAACGUAUAUAUAUACAUAUACAUAUAUAUAUAUUUUUCUCGAGACUGUUAAUUAUUAUUCUAUCUGUUAACUAUUUCUACAUGUGGAGAAAUUGGAUUAACGACAUGAUUUAUGUGAUAGUCAAAUUUUAAUAGGUUUUAUGUCAACGUUAUGUUGACUUGGUUCUUCGUUCGAAAAAAUUUUUAGAUGUGUAAUAUUGUAUAAUAAUGAUUUGUUCAUUUGAUAGAGAUACGUAAACGUUUAUAAUAUUAGAUUUAUACGUAUCCAUAUUUUUAAAAUGAAUUUAUGAAGUUUGACGAUUAUAAGGCAAUUAUUAUGUUGUAAAAUGUGAGCGUUCGGAGAUGUAAAAUUAUUUUUUUAUUUUAAAUAAACUCAUUGUGGAAUAACAUUUUAUCAUUUUUGCAAAUGUUGUACAAAAUAUUUGAUACUUUUCGGACUCUUUCAGCUCUAAUCAUUGAUACGAUUUACUCUACUACUCUAGAAAUAGUAAGGGAAUGAUCAUAUACUUACUUCAAUAAUAUAAAUUAUGAUAAUAUUAUUGUAUAUUAUUAAACAUAUUUCUAUUUUUGCGUGAAUGCCUACGAUUGUUAGUUGUUGGUUAUUGUUAUCUACUUGAUGAGAGUUUUUAAUGUUAUGCGUACCGUGGGAAACAAACACAAUAUUAAAUUCAUAAUUUUUUUUAUAACAUGCUGGAGUUACUAUUCAUUUCUCAGAUGCCUAUUUUAGUAUUUUUUCAAUCAUUCAGGGAAGACGAGUUUAUAUUUAAUGACGUAUUAAUGCGGAUGCAGGAGCAAUAUCGAGUAUGUCAAUCAACUUAAUUUCCCAUAUAUAUAUAUAUAUAUAUAAAAUUCCCUCAUAUUAUAUAUACAUAUAUAUAUAAUUCAAGUCGUUUUUGAUUUAAUAAGUAGGAGCGCAGAUUAAAGAGCGAGACUCUAUUACCUAAACUUAUCGUUUGAUUGUACAAUUGUUACUUCAAUACUUUUAUUAACGAAGCACCUGACCAAAAUUACCUCUGAACAAUCGCGCAACUAGCGAUCACCUCUUCAAAUUCCUCACAAAAUAUAAAACGAUGCUGUAAGUGACCAUUUAGGAUUGGAGGGCGCGAAUGAAGCUACCUGUGAAUGAAGUUUCAUAUAAAAUAUAUAAAUGUUAAAACGGAAAUAUAUCUAUACAUAUAUAUAAAUAAUAUAUGAAUAUAUAUAAACCGAAUUCUUUCACAAAUACAAAUGCAACAACCUCAAGUAGUGAACAGGAAAAAGAAAAAAAAAGAGUUAACAAAGAUAAAUGACAGAUUAAUGAGCUCUAUUGUCCUGCGAUCAGAUACAUUAUAUAAGGUAAGAGGAUUUACAAGAGUGGUCUUUGGAAUGCCGUGAUGUUUUACUAAAAGCAUAAAUAACACACAGCUUCUUUCGCGAAGCACCGUAUUGGGAAAUAGAAAAUGCUGGAUAAUGCGUGUAUGUGCGUAUGCGUGUGUGUAUGGAUGUGUGUGCGCGUAUGUGUACCGAGUAUACUUUAACAUAAACUUAAAUGCUUUUGCCAUACUUCUUUGAAGUAUCAUUGAAAUGGUACGAUGCUCAAAUCGUGUGUAGUAACAGUCUUAUCUAGUAACAGUGUCCUAGAGUGGAAGAAUUGGGUGCGCUGUGUUGUAAUCUUUCUGUACAGUAGAACAGCAAUGGAUACUACAUUUUACUUUUGUAUCUAUUGAAUCUCUUUUGCUUUUAUGUCUUGUACUUAUGCCUAAAACCCUGGAUUAUUUUUUUUUCUGUUGCAUGCAGUUUCUUUCUCUUCCCCUCCUUUCUCUUUCUCUUUUUCAAUAAUUUCAACGUUUAAUUAAUAUAUUUUCAACUUGCAAAAUUCUAGCUUCUUCUGUUACUUCAGUAUUUAAAAAGUAAACAACGGCGUGUUUUCUUUAGCAUACCAAGACCCUUUCUACGCACCCAUUCUACAUAGAUCAGUACAAAUAAGUUUAAUAAUAAUAAUAGUAAUAAAUAACAAUAAUAAUGAUAAUAGUAAUAAUGGUACCGAUAACGUUAAUAAUAUACCGUUUACUCUUAUCAAGCGCGUAAGGUAUACCCAACUUAACAAGAAAAAAAAUAGUAGCAGGUGUCCUACUAAAAAUACCGUACCUUUAACGAGCUAAAUUGUAAGCCAGUAUGUUACAUCUAUGUAUAAACAAACGUACAAUUUACGUAUGGGCAAUCUCUAAUUAAGAAAGUUAAUAAGUUAACUCUUGUAUGACUGCCAUUAUGAUCAAAUAUUAUUUCGAAUAAUUAUCGUAAUUGCGAUACUCCGCGGAGAGUUGAUCGUUUUUUCAUUAUUUCUUCUGGCUCGCGCAGAAGAUAGAGCGAGUGUAUACGUUUAUACACACGCGCGAUAACGCACGCGUUCAUUGUUAAUUUCGAAUUAGACUUUUCUCGCGCAAAGACGCGACGAAGCGUUAUUUAAAUAUCUUAGGCGACACUAGAGAAAGUGCUCCGAUUGCAAAGCCGAUUGGAUACUUCGUGAACUGUAAUUGUAUGUCGAUAUAAAUGUUGAAUGUAACAUUCCACUUUACGGAUAAUCAGUAAUCGGCGUGCGUUACGAAAUGCCUAGUGAAUAUCGCUUUUUUCUUCUUUUUUUUUCAUACGACACACAAGUCUCCGAUUGUAAUACGCUCCGUUUCGUAGAAAUCUUUAGGGCACCGCGAUUUUCGAUGUCCCGCUUGCGUUAAGAUGACAUGUACGAUACUCUGUCGCAAAUUGAUAUUAAUUUACUUCACUGGCUUUAAUAACCAACGACACUAUAUAUGGUUGUGCUCCGUAGAUAGCAAAGCAAUAUAGUUAAUUGUACAUGUAUGCACAUGAGCGUAUAUUUAUGUAUUUGUAAUAUAUACAUAUACAAUAUUUAUUAUAUAUACAUUUAUAUAUUUAUGUGCAUACAUGUAUGUAUGUAUGUACAUCCCUCAAGAGUGCAUCUCUAUCUUUAUAAGCUGUAAGUUAUGAUUUCGUUAAGUUAACGGGACGUUUCUUGAUUUGCACAUCCAUUGUAAAUUACGAGAAAAAAAUCUGUCUACAUAUACUAUAUUUACUACUAAACUAUUAAGAAAUACGCUUUUUGUAAAUGUAAACGUACACCUUUUUUCAAAUAUAAUGGUACGGAACAUGUGCAAAGUAUCACGUACGGAGGCGUCGAGUUCUCAGGUGAGGAGAGCGAAUGUUUUAGGAAGAAUAAGAGUAAUAUAUUCACACACAGAAAGCGAGAGAUGAGGGUAUAUAAAAUAAUAUGUAGAAACGUAAGAGCGAGAGAGAGGUUCCGAUGUAGAGGAGGCAAGCGAGAGAGAGGGAGAGAAAGAGAGAGAGACUGAGAGUAAGAGAGGGUGAGAAAUUGUUGACGGCAAGAAUGUGCAAAACACAAGGGGAGUGAUGCUAUGAGUGUACUUGUACAACAGUAUGGCUAGUAACAAUCCCUGAGUAAAGAAAUAUAAUGUACGGUUUCGCGCCAAGAGAUAGAUCGUCUAUUCUGACUUAUCUAAAUAUAAUAUUUUUAUGAACUGAAAA